AUGGCAGAUUUACCAGAAAAAGACCUCAAAGACGCUCGAGAAUUUUUUUCUCUCUUUGCAACCGGGGAGGAUGAAAUGAUUGAGGCUCGAUACAUAGGUGACUUAGUUCGUGCCCUUGGAUUAGUCCCUACCGAAGCUCAGAUUGCAAAAUUUGGUUUUAAAGAUAAGCCGUCAGAAAAAAUCAGCUUUGAAACAUUUUUGCCGAUUUACCAAGGAUUGCUUAAAGAGAAAAAGCCAAAUGACCCGGAAGAGUAUAUUGAGGGCUUCAAGGUUUUUGACAAAGAAUCCAACGGUCUUAUCAGUGCUGCUGAGCUUCGGCAUUUGCUCACACAACUGGGCGAAAGGCUUACAGAAAAGGAGGUUGAUGUUCUGCUAUUUGGCAUGGAAGAUGGCCAAGGACAGGUUCCUUAUGAAGCAUUCGUUCGAAGAAUUAUGAGCUAA